GCACAAAUAGGCAACUUUUUAAUGCUGGGAGCUGCACUUAAUAUGUUGCAUAUCUCAGAGUAGUGAUAUAAAAUGAGCAUGGUCAUAACACAUAUAAGGAUAAAAUUGAAAUGAUGAGCAGUGUAAUGCAGCUGCAAAGAAGGCCAACAGCAUCUUGAGGAGCAUCAAGAGGAGCACAGAGUCCAGACCACGGGAAUUAAUUAUCCCACUCUGCUCUGCCUUGGUCAGACCUCACUUGGAGUAUUGUGUUUAGUUACGCAAACCCUAGUUUAAAGAAGACAUGGAUAAACUGGAGCAAGUCCAGAGAAGGGCUACUAAGAUGGUGAAAGAACUGGAAACCAAGUUCUAUGAGGAACAGUUAAAGCUUUAAAACAGGAAGACUUUCGUCAGCGUAUAAAGAGCAAAAAGCAUAUUCACCCCUCAUUGCUCCUGAGGUUUCAGGGGAGACGCAGAGCAAGGGACAGAGUGAGAGAACAAGGAGUGCUUUAUUGGAAAAAGGAGAACUCAAGAAGACCAUGAUGGAAUUUUCUGUAGCUCUGAUUGUAUUCUUCUCCUUUAUAUCUUCCCCCUACUCCCAACUUGUUCAUUACUCAAGCUCGGGGAGAAUAUGUGAAGGUACUUGUGGGUAUCAUGGUUAUAAGUACACUUGGUGCCAGGAAAAGGAUGGCAAAUGGGGUUACUGUUCCUUAGAAGAAGGCCUGGCUGCUUCUGGUCAGACAUGUUAUACAGCUUGUGAACUCUGGGGAGGCUCCUAUUACUAUUGUCACUUCAGGAGUGGAGGAUGGCAUUACUGUGGCUUGCUACAGCAGCGGAAUUUCUUGGAAUAUUCACUGGAAAACAACUUGUGUAUGAAAAGUUGCCGAGUAUCCAAAACAUAUUUCCAAUGUGAGACUGCCUUUGGUCCUGAACACUGCUCUCCAUUCCAAGAUGUUACUCCCACAGGCUUGCCCUGCCACAAAAACUAUCAAUGUGCCAGAUAUGGUUGGUCAGCUUAUCGCUGUCAUACAGGCAAGAGAGAAGACGAGUGGGAUUCCUGUAGACCGAACAACAAGGAUGGGUGUGCAUGGAUGGCUUCUGACACAAAUUCUUCUCAGACAGAGAUUUGUACACUUGCUUAUUCCCAAAACAAAAGAAAGCUCAUUUUCCGCAGAGAAAGACAGGUGGAAGGACUCCCUCCUACAAAAGAGCAAUUCAAAGAUGCUAUUCAUCUUAUUGAUAGCAUAGCUUCCAUCAGAAACUUCCCUGAUUCUGACGCUCUGUCAAAAGUGAAUUUCUACAAGCAAAAAAGUAUCUUAUGUAAUGGCUUCAAUUAUACCAAUGUGGAACUGUGGCAUGGCAACUUCACAAAUAACCCUUUAGCACAUGUCAUCUUUUCAGAGAUCCUGAGCGUGGUUGAGGUGUUGCGUUUAGCAUUUUACACCAGCCUCCAUAGUACCUUUUAUUCACCUGCCUAUACCAUUGUUGUAUCAGUUGAUAAACCAAUGUUAUGUUCCACUUACUACCAGUAACUUAUCCAUCCAACUUGUUUGUACUGAUAUAUUAUUUCUUUCUAUUAUAUCUGCUUUGGGUCAGCCUGAUAUUAUUGCUUCUUAUUAUAUUAUAAGCAAUACCCGGUUGACUUUUAAUAACAAUCACAUUUUCAUAGAAUUAAUGCUAAUAAAUAUCAUUGUAGAUGACAUUGUAUCUGUUAGAUUUUGCUGCAUGUGUAUAUUCUUUGUAAUCUCCCAUAAUUAUAUGAGGUAUUCUAUGAAAUUAAUAAAAUACACUCUUGAAAUAUUAUAUAGUGGCACCUGGGAAAUUUUAAAGAUUUUAAAGGUCUGUAAUUCCAUAUAGAAGAAGUCUGAGAUACCUUUCUUAAAAAUAAAUCCACGCUGUUUGGUGCUUUUGAAAAAA